UUUGCAAGAAACCUUGAGAAAGUAGAUAGUGGUAGUUUUUGCGAAGUGUUCGUUUGUCGAGAAGAGAAACUGGUUCUCAAAGUUCUUCCGGUUUGUGAGGACAGCACACUCAGAGGAGGUUUUACAAAGGUCUCUGAGGCAACGAGACACCUCACUGCUGCUCGCCUAGUGUCUACGCUUGAUGAUUUGGGCGGGUCUGGUUUUUGCACGAGUACCUUUGAGAAGAUGAAUCGUGUCUACAUUGUGCAGGGAUCUCCCCCUAUUUAUCUUGAGAGGGGUUGGUAUAGAUACCUCUGGCGAUGCGGACAUUGUGAUAUCAUGUAUCCCUACUCCAGGCUCUCCUCGGAACAGCUGUGGUUCGUGAUGGAGUGUGAGCUGUGCGGGAUCCCCAUUCAUCGUGUGUUGCUACCCUGCGCACAGGCACGGCUGUCCGUCUUCGCCCAAGUCGCUCUUGCGUUGGCCGUUGGGGAGAAGCGAUUGCAAUUAGAGCACCGAGACCUCAAUUGCGGCAACAUCUUAAUUCAGACAGCGGGGAAGUGGGAGGAUUGUUGUAGCCAGGUGCCUCCCACUUCUUGUCUCGAGGGCCGAGUCUACCAACCAUGUCGUGGACCCACCGCCAAGAUUGUAGACUUUACAUUCGCCCGUCUGCAUCAUGGUGCGUCAUCAUUCCUUUCAUCCUUGCUGCAUUUUUUGAUGCAAUGUCGACGAAGUGUAGUCUUUGGUCCUCCAAUGGACAGAGGAUUAAAAGGAAAGUGGUCUCUCUACCGUCCACGCACCAAUGUCUUCUGGUUGGAGUUUCUGGCAAGGGUAUAUCUUGUACAACACUUGCGUGACAGUCGUGUUUGGCGUGGCAUUAAAGUCAAAGCAUGCCCAAUCCAUUGUGGUAGCUACGAUGACGGUGUCAGCACAAGGACUCUGGGAGAGAGGCAGGAGGAAAUACUAGCCCUACUGAAGAAGUCAGGGUCUGCAAUGGAUUUUGUUGCGCUGGCGCAGAAGCGCGCUCCCUACUUAUUCCAAAUUGAACGGCCUCAAGAAAAGAGAAGCAGCUCUUCUGAUAAAACAUAG